UUAUUCACCUGUCACAUGUGAUACUUCCUAUUUAGCAAAAGUUAUUGUUUUGUUCUAGAGUGUUGAUUAAGGAAAGAAAUUGGAACUUUAGUGCCUGUUUAGUGUUCAAUGUAAGUGUAUUGUUCACGAUUUAUCAUUUUGAUCUUCGAAAAUUUCCUUGGAGUGAAUGGAAAUCCAAUAAGAAAUUUUAUUCGACCAUUCUGUGUCUAGACCUGAAUGGGACGCCUUGGCGGGGCAUACAAGGAUGUUAUUUAGCCAAUUAUUUGUCGGAUUCAAUUGGAACUGAGAAUAUUAUUUGGUGUUCGGUCAGCUAGAUGUGGAGAGUGACCAGAUAAAUUGACUCGGUGAUAGAAACUUUUAGGUCUUUUGGAUGGGAAGUAGUUUGGUGAAAACCGAAAAUUUAGUUGUGUUGGACGAUUUCAAGAGGUACUUUGUAUGUUAGCAAACGAUGAUUUAUUUUGCUGUGGAAUAAUUCUUCAGUGUUGUUAAAAUGGACUCUUCAGGAAGCGAUUCCAGCAUAGACAAAUGUUCCUGUGAUAGAACUCAGGAAAGCGACAGUAGCGGUUCUGAGUCUCCUUCUGCACCAAAAGUCAAAAAGAGCAGGAUAAGCCUACCAUCUUUAGGUUUCAAUUUACGUAGAGGUAGAUCUCUGAACUUCACAGGAAAGAAGAAUAAGAAGUCAUCAGGCUCGGACGAAACCUUUUCCUCUUCCUCUGGCAACAGUUCCUCUAGUGGAGCGAUGAGGAAGUCCCCGAAAUGGCCCCUGAAAUUCAACUAUUCGAAAAAAGACACCAAAGUAGUCCUUCCGACUCAGGACGAACAGAACUGUUGUAAAUGUACUUGCUACAAGAAGAAGGAGGAGACUGUUAACGACGAACAAAAUGAAGCACCCCUACCGGCUGAGGUGGCAACAUCUCCGGAUACAUCAGUUGCCGAGCCUAUACAAGAGCAACUUCGGGAAGAGGAGUUUGCUGUACAACAAGUUGAGAUAAGGGAUUAUAAUGUAGUCGGACCAAAUGAUGGAUUCGACGAAAGUAUUUAUGGUGUGGCCCCCAUACAACCUAGCGUUGUAGUUACAGCUCCAUUCAUGGAAUGUAUCAGGACCAUACACGAGGAUUGCGACGAGGCUGCCAGACUGGCCAGAGCUCGAGAAAUAGAACAGGGCGUUGAGGCCCCGGCCAAUUUCAAGCCCGUGCGCAGGGUGCAGUUGCUUUGCAGCGACAUGGAGACUGACAACGGACAGAGGCCCCGCAGGCUUCAGCUGGUGUGCCCGAGGGACCUGAGCGUCGAUUCUCUCCGGGCCCUCUUCCACACCAACGUUACGCUGAAGUCUUGUCCCAUUGAUGCUGCGAAUGGUUGUCACACCCAGGUGGACUUCAUCCAUUGCCUUGUACCUGAUCUGUUGAAUAUUACCAACUGUAGUUUCUAUUGGGGCAAAAUGGACAGAUACGAGGCCGAAAGAUUGCUGGACGGCAAGCCAGAAGGCACUUUUCUCCUUCGAGAUUCGGCCCAAGAAGAAUUCCUAUUCAGCGUGUCUUUCCGAAAGUACGGAAGAUCGUUACAUGCUCGUAUCGAGCAGUGGAACCACAAGUUCAGUUUUGACGCUCACGAUCCUGGAGUCUUCACUUCGGAUACAGUUUGUGGGUUGAUCGAACAUUACAAGGAUCCCAGCAGUUGCAUGUUCUUCGAACCGAUGCUUACGUGGCCUUUACACAGGAACUUUGCCUUUAGCCUACAGCACUUGUGCCGAGCAGCGAUCACAAGUCGUUUGACCUACGACAACAUAAACUCUCUACAACUGCCAAAAACGUUGAAAAAUUACCUGCGAGAAUACCACUACAGACAGAAGGUCAGAGUGAAGAGGUUCGACGAUGAUGUCCAAUGGCUCGAGCUGCAAAAUAUGUAAAUAUUUUCUUUCCCUUAAUAAUCUGAAUAACUUAAAAAAUUUUACUGUUGAUUUCGUUUCGAUGCCGUCUGUGUAAGAAUUUUAUUUUUAUGAAAUUUUGUAUUAUAGCGUCUAGAUUUAUUAUGAUAAAUGUUUGUGGUACUUUGAGAUAUUAUCCCAGUGAAGAUAUCGAGGACUAACGUAAAUUAGUGAAUAACCUUGAAAAUAUUCCCCCAUUGCUAUGUUCGAUUAUUAUUAUUGUUGAUGUUUCUUCAUGUGUUGGAGAAUUAUUUAGGAAAUUUCUCGUUGAGUUUCAUGGUAUGUUACCACUAUAUCGAUCAACUAGGACCGAUUUGAUCAAUUUUAAUUGAACCGUAAUCAAAAUGUGUUAUCUUCUAUUUGAUAUUCAAUUCAAAUAGAUUCAGUAUUGCACUUUUGGUCGAGUAUAUUUGAAUCCGUUUAACUUUUUUCACUUUACCGUUUAUUACAUGGUUUCCAUCAAAGUAUGUCUUCUGUUAUGGCUUCACUAAUUUUCUGUUGAAAAUGAUAUGAGAGUAUAAUUUUUUACAAAAACUCCAUCUGUUCAAAUGACAUUACCUACUAAAUACAAAUGACAUAUGAAAUGUCAAAAAAUAACACACUGUUGCCAUUAUAACCAUUUUAAAUUGUAUCGUAUCUAUUGGAAAAUGUUAUACUUUCCAGUUGAAUGAAGUUAUAACUGAACAGACAUAUUUUCCAAUUAAUUUUUUCUAUGAAAUUUCAAAUAGACAAAAUAAUCCCGUAAACCUAUAUUUGAAUUCAUUUAACUUAGAGAAAUUUGAAGAAUAAUUUUUAUUAAUAUUAAUCUAAAUUGUAAGUGUUUCGAGGUUGGUGGUUAAAUGAAUUGAUGGAAUUAGUUUAAUAAACGUAUCUGAAUAAGAAAAAUUCAACAUUGAUGGAGUAUAUUGUCAAUAAAAAGUUUUGCGGCCUAAUAGUUCAUAUUUUUAAAUAAAAUGUAUAUUAUGUUUCUCCUUUUUGAACAGAUCAAUAUGUAUAGUCUUUUUCAUUAUGUUUGCACAUAAAAUUGUUACUUAUUGUUCAUUCAUGGAAAGACAAAGUUUUCAAUGAAUAAAGGAGAUUUUUUGAUUUUAACCAAAUUUUUAUACAUUUUAAUAUUCAGUGUGAAAAGCACCAAUAAUUUUACUUGAAAAAUAGGUCCUUCCAUGUUUGAAUGCUACACCCCAAGAUUUUCUGUAAAAAUGUAAUUAACAUUUUAAGAAUUUUAUUUUGUAGAGUUUAAUUCUUAUUUGAGAAAAAAAACUUCAAUGAAGUUUGUCAAUGCAGUGCUUUAAAUUGUUAACGAAUAGUAUUAUAUGAUUAACUGUCCUAAAAUAAGAUGAAUAAUCAAUCCCAAUGUGAAUAAUUAAACUAUGUUUAUUUAGAA